AUGCCUCGUCGGCAGGAUGAAAUUACAAAGUCGAAGGAUUUAAUUGAUUUUGAAGGGGAUGUUAACUGCUCCAUCAAAAAUUUUUCGGAAAUUCAGUUAUUGUUUGACCCUUUAAUUCCCACAAAGAAUCCAACAGACUCCAGUGCAAAAAGUAACAUAGCACUCCUUGAUUCCCUUGCAAAACAUUCAAAGGACUCAGAAAACUAUGGGUGUAAGAGUUUUUCUGCAUUUGACUACUUGGUAAAUUAUCCUGAGUCCGAAAAAUGUGGAUUUCAUGAAUUGAGUGGAUCGACAUCUUUCCCAGUCGUAAGUGCUGGUGCCAUCGACAAGCUCAGCGAUUACGAUCUUCUUUUCACAAAUGAGUCAACCAACCAGUCAGGUGUAAAGCCAAAUGAUGUUAUGUAUUCUAGUGCACACAGCGUUAGUAAUGCAACUGUGAAAGUUGAAUCAAAUGACCGUCAACAAGAUGAUUGUUCACCAUUUUCAUAUCCUCCCACAUCACCACCUUAUCUACGCCAAAAUGAUGCUGAAAGUGUGAAUAAUACCUUAACUAUAAAUGAACAAGAAUUGUCAACACCAUUAAAUCACUUUAUGCCCAAUUGUCAGCCUACCAAUGAAUUGAAAAUAUUUGUUAACUUUGUUCAAAGCCUGCGUAGACAAAAGUACAACAGACCGAGAGUUUCUACACUGAUCAGUGAUCUUGGUGACAUAAGUGAACAGAAUAAAGAAUUCUCAGAGGAUUUUUACUCACCUCCUGAUUCAUGGGCAUUCGACAGUGUAUAUAAUGAUACUUUAACAAAUGAAAUACUAACGACUCCACGAAUCAAUGCAUCUGCACGUUCAUUAUCUAAUCAACAGUCUAAUCCGUCAUGGGAGGGAGAAACUGGAGCCUCCAAUGUAUCUCAUGUAUAUCCUAAAGUAAAAGAAAACCCUCACUUUCAAGAAAGUACUCCUACUCAUUGGACAAAUACGCCUAGAUGGUGUAUUCCACAAUUAGAAGUACGCAUCACAGCACAUCUAGCUGGUAGGAAGAGAUCGCGUCAAAGUGUAUCUGCUAGUUCAGUGAACAGUCCACCAGUUAUUCCUCGUCUACGCUUAGUUUGUGAUCCUACAACUACACUAGUUAAUGAACUCAUGCUAGAAGCGCUUGCAAAUGAUCUACUUCCUCAUAAUGAAAUCUCUCUAGAUGCCAGUCAAUUUCAAUUACGCCUUCAAGGAAGAGCUGAACUGUUACAUCCAGAAGCUCGUUUGUGUGACUGUUAUCAAGUUCAACUGUGCCAUCGAUUGGAUCAACCAUUGAAGUUAAUCUUAGAGCCUAAAGACGUUGACCAACCAUCUGUUAAAAAGGAUUACAGUGAUACGGAUCAGUUUACACCUCAAAAUAAUUUUUCAAACAAUCGUCCUACACCUACAGAGGAGGAUAUAUUUAUUAGUUACAGUGUAUUUCAGAAUGCCUUGCAGAAGUUACGGUUAUGUAUUGUGGAGAACUAUGCACAAGUUGACAGUGAAUCAUGGUUGAAAGAGGUGCAUUGUGUCAGUUCAAGUUUAAGUCAGUCAGUUAAAGCUGUAUUAACUGCAGUUUGUUAUGGAAUAGCCUUUUCUGAUGUUAUCAAUGCAUUGGGCAACGUACAAGUAUGCAUUAUGGAUAUUGUAUAUGAUAUAGGUUUAAAUCAUAAAGUAAUUGGAUUGAAACGUCACAACAGUAUCAAUAAUAAUAAUAAUAACAAUACUGUCGGCACUAAUAAUAAUCUACAUAAUAAUAAUAAUUACAAUCAAGAAAAUUGGCUUUCAUCAAUUAGGCGAAAACCGGUUAAGUGUCCACCAUUACCUAUACGUAAUGCUCAAACUGUUAAAAAUCUUAACAAAGAACAUGUCAGCUUAAAACGUGAUAUAAAACCACAAUCAAGAAAAAAAUUACAAAAUCUAAUUUUAUCCUUGAAUAAAAAUCUACUUUGUCAGUUGAAUGCAUUUUUUACCUGGCGGCAGGUUAGCAUCUGUGUAAAUCCCUGUUUAAUAAAAAAUAAUUCACUGCAACACAAUGAUGACAGUUAUGAUGAAUCAAUGAGUUAUCUAACUACAAGUGGACGACCUAAAGCUGUUCUCUUAACAGAUGAUGUCUUCUUCAAUGAUUUACAACAACUAAAGCAAGACAGAGUAGUUAAAAGCUCUGCAGAUUGUCUAGAUGCUGUAGUUAUCGGUUUAAUUGCUGUACACAAUCCACCUCCUAGGAAAACAAUUGGAGUUUACAAUUCAAACACAAGUAGUAGCAAUUCAAGUAGUAGUAUUUCAAAUCUAUCCAAUUCAUCUUCUAAUCAAUCUGCUUUUGUAAAUAAUUCGACAAGAACAGAUGGUUAUUAUUGUGUACGUUUGGGUCUGGUUUAUGCCGGUAGACCAUUGAGUAAAGUAUAUCCUAGUGAAAUGGCUAAUUCUCCAGUGAAUAAAACUGGCAAUCAUUACACUUCAGUGCCUUAUAAUCAACAAUCGAAAGAAUUCUAUUGGGCAAAUAAUCAUGCUCCAUCACGUGACAGUCAAAAUAAACACACUAGAGAUUAUUUUAUCAGUGAUCCUGGUCGUUAUCAAACAAUACAGUCCGGAUUUCCUAAAGUGUUACAAUUCGAUCAAUGGUUCAAAUUUCCGAGUUUUGCUAUCAGUCAACUGCCGAGAGAAACAAUGCUUGCGAUCAGUUUGUUUUCAUGUAAAAAAUUGAAUUCUGAUAAUUCGGACGUUGAUGGGACGUUAAUUGGUUGGGUGAAUUUCCCUCUAUUCGAUAUAAAUGGUGGAUUAAAACAAAAUACAGCGAUUGUUGGUCUUUGGCCACCAUCUGAAAUGAUGCAUGAUUUUAGGCCUACUUGGUCUCAGUCGAAUACUUCACCAGAUUGUCCACUUGUACAGCUUUGUUUUCCCGAAUACCAAUAUGAGAUUGAAUUUCCUAUCAUCGAAUUGAAUAAUGAAUUUGGAACUACCAGUGAAAAAAUCUCUUCACCAUAUAGCAGUCUUUGUCCAGAAGCAAAACAAUCAAUUCUUGAAGCUAAAUCUGCAAUAUUUCUUCAAACUCUAAAUCCAGAAUUAUCAUUUAAAUCAGUAGAUGCUUGUGCGAUGGCGUAUAGUGCAGCAUCUUCAUCUGUGCGUAGAUCUAGUCAAAAAGAACAUGCUCGUAUUCCUGUAUUACAGUUAGCAACUCUUAAUUCUAUGCAUUCAUCUUUUAAUCAAUACAGCAUUGGUUCAUUUGGCAGUAAUCUUGGUGUUAAUAUACAUACUGGUGGAAAUAUUGGAAUAAUUAAUAGUACUAGUAGUUUCCAAGGAUGUAAUAUCAACUCAAUUACCUGUUAUUUACCGUGUCCACCACCAGUAACAAUUGAAGUGCUAUGGAAUUUACGUUAUUCUAUUUGUGAUGUACCUGAAGCUAUGCUAGCAUUUGUUACUAGUUGUUUAGUAAGUUGGCCGCAAAUCACUAGGCAGAAUUUAAAAGAUACGUCGGAGAAAUGGUCUUGGAUAAAGUUACUGAAAGAAAUAUACAGUCUUUUAACAGUUACUCCAGUGCCUUAUCCUGGUCUUGUUCUACGUUUACUUUCACCGGAUGUUGUUGAUCAAGGCAUACGUCAUUGGGCGACAAGAGCAUUAUCAUUACUUUCAUCUGAUAAUCUUCUUCUGUACCUACCUCAAAUAACCGAGGCAAUAAAUCAUGACUUGUAUCUUGAUUAUUCUGGUCUAGUAAGCUUGAUUUUACAUCGAGCUGCUUUUUCAAUGCGAUUUGCCAAUGCUUUAUAUUGGUAUUUAUAUCCGAUGCUUAAUCAAAGUUCAUCUUCAUCAGAAUGGAAAUUACAACAAGAAAUGAUCAAUCAUUUGUCUGUAACUGCUACGAAAGUUAAGCAGGCUAGACCAAAUGCUUCAGUUCGUGAAGAGAUCCUCUACAGUCAUUUGAAACAAUUCAUGUCCGGGCUGUCAGAACAAUGUCAGCAAUCAUCAGAUCAACUGUCUGUCGACCGAAAGUCACCUUCUCUAUCAAAUUCACAAACAUGGAUAAAUCAUGAUAAAUCAACUAGUCAAAUAUUUAAAACUGAUACAGACUGUUUGAGAAAAAAGCCAUCAGAUGAGCCAAAUACUGAAUUACCAGUGUCACAGUAUGAUUUUGGUCUAAGGAUGCCAUAUAAUCCUGGACUUUUAACACACAGACUUGAUAUAGCAGCAUGUUCAUAUUUUACCUCAUUCACUUGUCCACUAAGACUUGUCUUUCACGCGUUGGAUGCUGGUAUCGAACCAUUUAUGGUUAUGUUUAAGGUUGGUGAUGAUUUACGCCUUGACAGUUUAAUAUGUCAACUGACAUUUCUUAUGGAUAGAAUAUGGUUAGACGCUGGAUUAGAUUUACGUAUGAUUCACUUUCGUAUUAUACCAACAGAAGAGCAGAAAGGCUUUAUUGAACUGGUAUCUGAAUGUAGUACACUUCGUCAAAUUCAACAACAAGGAGGCGGUUUAACAGGAGCUUUUAAAGAAGGUGUUAUCACAAAAUGGUUACAAUCUCAAAAUAUCACUGAAUUGGAUUAUAAACGAGCUUUAGACAAUUUUCUUCGUUCACUGGCUGGAUGUUGUGUAGCAACGUAUAUACUUGGUGUUGGCGAUCGACACAAUGACAAUAUUAUGAUACGUUAUUCUGGCCAUGUAUUCCAUGUUGAUUUCUCUAAAGUAUUUGGAAAUAGUCAAACAUUUGCCGGUAUUAAACGAGAUCGUGUGCCGUUUGUUUUGACACAAGAUAUGUUACAUGUAUUAAAUACAUACUCUAAGGAUAUGACAGGUUCAAUGCAUCAUUUAAACAAUUCAUCAGGAUUUGGUUAUACACCUGGUCAUAAUUCUAAUCAUCCACAACAAGGUGUACAACUGUUUAUAGAAAAAUGUUGUGAGGCAUAUAACUUAAUUAGGCAUCGUUCAUAUCAGCUUAUUUCACUACUUGAAUUGAGUUUAUCAAUGAAUAUUCCUGGACUGAACCGUGAUUGUGUUCGAUUUGUCUUGAGGGCUCUGAGGCCAGAAUUAAACGAUCAAGAAGCGAGCCAAUAUUUUACUGAACUAGUUCGUAAAACCCUACAAUCGAAAUCUUCCAGUUUUAAUUUCUUUGUACAUGGACUGGCCCAAGUUAAGCAAGCUUCCUUAGGAGGAGGAGUUUCUGGUACAAAUACAAAUAUUUCAAAUUUAUCUGAAAGAGGUUCUCCUUCGAAAAUAAACAGUGCAGCUGAUGACCAUUUCACAUCAGUUAAUAACAGUAAUAAUUCUAACAUUUCAAGUAUUACUGGAAGAUUUGUCAAUGAUUCGAAAUCUCGAUCAACUCCACCUACAAAUCCUUCAAGUGCAAGCUAUUCUGGAAUUGGACAAAUAUUUAGCUUUAAUCCAAAGCGUUUCACAAGUAAUUCAGAUGGAAAUAUGGAUGCUAUUGUAGUCGAGAUAGCAGUGAAAAAGAAGACUGAUGAUAAACAUUCUGAUUAUUAUUUUCCUAUGAAUAUUUGGCGAGAAAAUUGUCGUGUACCGACAAGAAUAUAUCGACGUCUUCCUGAUUUAGAAGAAUUAGAAGCUCGUUUACAAGAGAAUUUCCCUAAUUCAGGUGUUACAAAAACUGUUUCGCAUAUAAUCAGCUCAUUGAAUUCUAUUAGUAUUAGUUCAAGUCGAUCACAAGAUCAUGUUCAAUCAUUGGUUGACAGUCUACUUUCGGAUGAUGAAAUAGUAGCCAAAAGUGAUAUUGUCUACACAUUCUUUCACAGUGUAUUAUUCGAUGAGAGAUUUGCUGCUGAAGACAUGUCAUCACAAGCUGUCUAAUCACUUUCAUUCAGUAAGCCUAAAUAGCUGCCGAAAAAUUUGUAACAGAUUUUUUAAUAUAUAUAUAUCCUUUAGUUUCUGGAUUAGCUUGUCUUCUCUGUGGUUCAUUAUUGCUGAGGUCACUCCUUUGAACGAAUUGAGACAGUUGAAAUGUUGCUUUGAAAAUAUCUAACCUUUGACUCGAAUAAUGCAAACCUAAGAGACUAUUAUAUUGAUGUUAUCAAGUAAUAGAAUUCAUCUGAAACUUCUACUUUUAUGGAAGUGGAUUACAUAUGAGAUGUACUCCAUGGUAUGCGUUAAUGGAUAUAAUCUACUGCAUCAACAAUGUUCUUCCAAUUCAGUCACCUUUUGUAAACAGAAUUCACAGAUCCGAAGUUUCUGUGAUAUACAUUCACUUACAGAAUAAGAUAGAGGGGUCGAAGUUGAAGAAUGCUUGUUUGAUUAAGCAGCUUAUUUAAGUGAGUGCUAAUUUCAACUUAUGCAAUGCUAGCAGUGAUUCUGAUUCGUAUAUCAUCAGUCAGUGUCUUAAUUGAUAGUUGGAGACAGUCGGCCACAUAAAGCCUUGGACCACCUAGGUUUUGUACUUGUUGAAACUCACCAGCCAGCAAGGCCUAUCUGCAGUCUAGAAGGAGCUCAUAACCCUUCUGAGAUUCGAACCCGCGUCAUCUAAUGUCGCAUUCAAAGACGUUACCUCUGGACUACUCGGACUCACUAAUGUAUUGGAUACUCCCGCUUGACACUAGUUAGUAAGUAAUUUCCAAUAUAACUAUCAACUAGUGUGAAAUAGAAAUGACAUUUCUCAUGUAUUUUAAGAAUCUACACAUAGUUUUUUACCUGUUCAAAUGAGUGAUCGAUAUACCCAGUAAUUUUUUUUGAAAUUCUAAGAAUAACGUAUUUGAGUAAAAAGUAGAUGAAUGAAUAUUUCGACUAUAAGUUCAAGCAAAUCAGUUUGCGCUACAAAUUUUUUCAACUGAAUAAAUCUAAAAAAAUUGUUUGUUUUUCUCGUUAUUAUUUACUAACAAAUAAUGUCUUAGUUUUUUUUCUUUUUUUGCUAAACGGGGUGUUUGCGCAAAGUUACUAACUCAGUAGUUAUUCAUUUAACUAUUUUCCUUUCACUUGGUUUUGGGUUUUAUUAUACACCGUGCUUUUUGUGAGAAAUUUCUACUUUUCAUUGAUUUCAAAUAUUUAUAAUAAAUUAAACUUAAGUUAAUUUCUUGAUAAAUAACAUUUUCUUUAGGUUAAAGUAUGAUCUUGAAACCCUGUGACAAAAACAUUCUGAAUGAAUCUAACCUGAUACCAGCUGCAUACAUCUAUUUCAUAACAGCAUGAAGCAUGAGGUCAACCACGCACCUGGUCCUGCUUCGAUUCUCAGUCGACUCACCCUCAAACCUCUCUUACUCAGUAGUAGGCCUGAUCAAGGGGGAAGGCUGAGAAUGAGACUAACAACUUGACCCCAUAAAAAGAUUUUUUAAAAUAUCCACUGCUUGUGAAACGCCAAAGCGUGCGUCGGUGACAUAGCGGCUAGGAUGGUUGUAGUCCGGAGUUCGAUCUCCGGUCGACACACACCUGAUAUCAAUGGUCGACCUGCUAAAUUUGGGCUACCAAUAUCACUUGCUGAAAAUUCCAUACUUGUAUGAAAAAUACUGUGUGGAAUCAAGCUAUAAUAAAAUAUAAAGUAAAACUUGAAACGCAAUCUUCCGAUCGGUGACAUAACAAUGAAAACAGAGAUAUCAUCCUAAACUCAACUCUGAAAAGCCUAGCAGUAUAUGACGCAUAAGUUCUUUGGCCUCCUGGAUUCUAGUGGACUGCUUAAAUCACUAGGCUACUUAAAUUUCAAUCAAUUUCUUGUUGUUUUAAUCUUCCAGUUAUGUCCUUGAAUAGUAACAUGAUUUCACGUGAAUGUUUAAUCGGCUUCCAAUCUAACUUUGUGCACUUCAAGAGGAAUAAAUGCCGUAGAUGAAUGAGUCUUGUUUCAAACAGAAUGACGUUGCGUCUUAAGACGUACUGUUGGUGAAUACUGUAACUGAAGAAUCCAUAUGGGAGUAAAUGUUUUGCAAUAAAUUAUUCUGAGAAUUCUGUAUUGUGUUGAACAUAAUUCCUAGAAUAGUGCCAUUAUUAUUAUUAUUAAAAUGUCUAACACAAAAACGUUUGAAACAAUAUAAUGACUUUGAGUAACUGUACUGAAAUUGACGUUUGGUAUACUUUUCUAUACUUGGUGUAUUUCUCACUAACCUAAUUCUCUUUAUUUUAACAAUACAGUGCCUUCUUACACAUAAUAAGCUGCAUUACUUACAUGUUUAAUUACUUUCGUGCAUUGAUUAUUUAAAAGUUAAAGACUUCGUUCGGUGUUAGUUUGUUGCAAAAUGUAAUACUUAAAAGUUACUAAUACUAACAACGAUUUCUGUUUAUUUUGUCUGACAUCAUUCACAUUUUAAUGUGUACACUUUCAUAUAGCUUCAUUCUGUUGACCUGAAUGUUUUGUUUUUUU